AAUGUGUCCGCAUGAACUGGGAGGAAAUUACAAUUGAAGUUUGCAAAUAUACAACUAGAGAACAGUAUCGUAUAGCGUGUCAACAUAUUAAUACAAUCGUGCGUUAGCUCGAGAAGUUUUUACUAUUUCCUUGCAUAGUGUGAUAAAGACUCAAUGCUAUGAGAAACCUAUGCAUUUUUGAUAUGUUACUUGUGAAGUCGAAGAAUGAAUCGCACGUUGCUUAUGUACAAUGAGUGAAAAAUCUAGUGAUGUAGAUUGAUAAAAAAAAGAUGGAAAAGUUCGCAGUGUUCACUAAAAUAUUUGUGCUUGGAAACCAACAUUGAACCACGCGCAUCGACCGAAUGUGUCACAGUGCCUAACGGCAGAAAAUGGUCUCACUUUCGGAAGAUAAGAAUGUACAAAAGAAAGAAAAAAUCCUGUCACAAAUAGUACGACGGUUUAGGAUUGGCAAGAACAAAACGUCAAUUAAGACUGAGCUUGAUUUGGAUGAUGUGUGUUUAAGAAGAAGUUUGGUGUCGUUCAAUUGCAAUCAUGGAGAUGCAAACACUUUUGACAGUAUUUCAAAGAAUUCUAAUCGACAGUUCAUGAUGAAACCCAUUGGUGCGAGACAAUCUUGUGAGGAUAAGGAAAGGGAAGUGAGCAGUUCUGGUAGUGAUGGGAUUACGCGACAACCCCUGCUGGCCAAAUCUGGCGCCCCGCAAAUGUGCAUGAUCAAUGGACGAGAAGUUUUGUUCAGUGCAAUCGUCAGUCGACCAACUGAUGAAUGCACAACUAGUUCCGGUAACGAAUCUACCUCGUCGCCCCUCAAACGUGGUUCUUCAUUUCGGCGAAGUUUUUCGUACCUUUUCAAACGGAACAAACAUAAACUGAAGGAUCGGUCGGGUACAAGUGAUAGUGAUUCCAACGCGUUUAUCGAGCAAGAUGAAGAUGAUGGCUCGAACGCAGCGAGUAAGCCUUUAUUGGAUGCCUUUUUGCCGGAAACCAUGCCUAGUAAGCGUGCCAGCACUGGAGAUAUACUCGAUGACAUUGUGAUGCGACUUGAUGAAGAUUUUGAUGUUAAAAGUAAGAGCAAAUGUCAUAGACGUAUGAACUCCGACUCGUUGUGUAUAAGGAUAAAUGUCGUCCAACCAUCUGCUGAAAACUGUGAUAGAUCCGCCAGUAACGUUGGUUUAGGAUUCCGAUCGCUGCCGAUCUCGGCGACCAUAGAGCCGUUAAAUACUGAUGUGCAAGGCCAAAAUAACAGUAUAUUGUCACAUAGUCCCGUUCACAACACAUCAGGGAAGAGUGAACAAAAAUCUUUAAAAUCUCUAACGUCUUCUCCACUGGCGGUUGCACCAACAAUAAGAAGUUCUAGCCCUCAUCCGUUGAAAUCAACCAUCAAACAUGACAACAGUGACAAGCUUGAGAAGCCAGAGAAAGAAAAAAAGAAAAAAGAAUUCAGCAGUUCCUGGCAGAAGAAGUUCUCGCGACAUUUCAUUCAGGUGGAAGAUGAGAAAGUUUUAAACUAUUUUUCAUGUGCGUUAGUAAGUGAUAUACUGCUGCAAGGUCACCUCUACAUUACGCAGAAUUAUUUUGCAUUUUACUCUAAUGUUUUUGGUUACGUAACAAAGCUUUUGAUCCCCACUGUAUCAGUGAUUAAGAUAUCCAAGGAGAAGACAGCCAAAAUGUUCCCAAAUGCGGUCGGUGUGACCACGUGCGCGGAUCGUCAUGUGUUUGGUAGCUUCAUGAGUCGCGAGGCUGCCUAUCGACUGAUGUGUAGUGUGUGGCGUCCGGUCGCACCGCCGGAGGUGGAAGAACCUAUCACACAGAAGAUACCCGACGUUGAAGUUUCCGAGUGCUCGGUGGAAGACGACAGCAGCUGCUCAAUUAGUGGUAACGAAAGUUCUUCCCAAGUGAAAGAUAAAAAGUCUGAUGUAGUUGAUUCGGGUGAUUCUACUUACGAUAAAUUUACGGUAAUAGAUGGCACUAAGCGUUCUCUCGAUGCUUCUAAAUGUAGAAAAUCUGUGCAGAAAGAAAUAAUCAUAAAACCAUCGGCAGCAGGAUUGAUAGCAUCUGCCGCAAUACUGAAAACAUCGGGAACCAUCAUUAUUAAAGAAAAAUCCAGCUUUAGUGAUAACUCUUAUCAAAUAUGUAGUGAUAAUAAUGAUGAUACCCAUAGCAUGCUAACAAGACUUAGGCAUAGGCUACAACAAAUAUUUCCCUCCGAUUUUGGUGUUAUACAUGUAGGAAUAAUUUUAGCAAUAAUACUAGCACUGUUUUCUUGUUUCCUUAUGUACAAAAUACACUACCUGCAGUCGCGCAUAUAUAAUUUCAACAAUUUUCGUUGGGGUGAAGAAAACGAUAUCGACGUUUAUGCUGAGGUUUUAAAAUGGCAAAAACAAAUGCAAUCUAAAAGUACGGAGGAGGCUCAAAUAGUUCUUAACUCUAAUUUAGAACAAAUUGCAAAGGUCCGAAAAAGUCUGGAAACUUUAUCCUUGCUUUUGCAUGAUCCCGAUAGAAAAUACGGCAAUACGAUGGCCAGCUCAGAUGCUGAUGCUGCGUCACUCGAUGGUACGGUACAACAAAGCGCAUCCGGUUCUUUGACGUAGUAAUUAAAAGGUACAACAACGUGUAGUAGGGUUUGUUUAUAUUCAGUAGGAUUUUUUUUUCAUUUACCAACUUGUUAACGUGAUAUUUAUGUUAAGUAUUUAUUUCCGAAAGCAGUAGUUGCAUUUAAAACCACAGCACUCGCUGGUAAAACAGUAAAUAUUGAACAGCGAGUAGACAACAGGCAUUAAAAAAUAGCAUUUCUUAUGAAUUAUGUCAACAAAGGGUUACAUGAGAAAAGCAAAACAGUUACAUUUGCUGUUACAGGCGUAGUUUGAAUAGUCAUUGUUCAUUUCAAAACCGAGGCGGAAAUAUCUCUCAAGUUUUCUUAUAUUAUAGAUGAACUAGUCAUACGACACUAAAAUUAUUCCGGAUAUGGUCUAUCGCAUUGGUAGGAUACUGAUCGAUAUAGGGAUUACUCGUUUAAAAUAGCAACCAUUUUGAAUUCGUGUGAUCACAUUCAGCUAAUGUCCAUUACGCGUGUGAAAACAGACGUUCAGUAAUAGUUUUGCCAAAAUUGUGGAAUAUGACCGCUCAUAAUAAUUUUUCGCGAAAGGAAUAUUUUGGGCCCUAUUAUAGAAAUCGAAUCGAUGAGAAUAUUGCUCGUUAGCCCUUUUUUACUAUUAUAUAUACCGAGUGAAAUAUAUCGGUGCGAGUAUCAUAAUUUUCCAAGUUGUUCGUUCUUUAUAGCGAAUUCGUUUUUAAAACUGAGUCAGU